AUUUCUGCCCUUCCCUGGGCAGUGCAGUGUCCAGUGCACUUUGAUCCCUGGAGGGAGGCUUGGCAGAGGCAGCUGGCACUCUGCCCAAGCUGGGAACGGGCUCCACAGCACGCCUUGCUGCCUUCCCAGUGAGAGAGAGGGUGGGAGUGUGUGGGUCAGGAUGAGGCCUCUGCUCUGGGCUGCCUGCAGCCAGCUGCUGCCCAGGGCAGCUGGGCUCUGUGCUCCCAAGCCAGCUGUGACCACCAUGGUGACAGCAUCACACCACAGCCUGCGGCCUCCAGCCUUUCUGGCUGCCUCCAGCUCCCCAGCCUGUGUGUCUGCAGGGCUCCUCCAGCCCCUGGUCCCAGGGAGCAGAGCCCCCAGCUGCCGGAGCUCACAGUUCAACGUGCCUCCCAGUGCCCUGCUCGUGGCCCGGCCUGUGGGGGUCUGCUCCAUGAUGAGGCUUCCCGUGCAGGCGUCUGCGGAGGGACUGGACGUGGCGUUUGUGGGUGUCCCGCUGGACACAGGCACGUCCAACCGGCCGGGAGCCAGGUUCGGCCCGCGUCAGAUCCGCGCCGAGUCGGCCAUGCUGAGGAGGUACAACGGCAGCACCGGGGCCGCGCCCUUCGACUCCCUGCGGGUGGCCGACAUCGGGGACGUGAACGUGAACCUCUACAACCUGCCCGACAGCUGCCACCUCAUCCGGGACUCCUACCAGGAGAUCGUGGCCUCCGGCUGUGUGCCCCUCACCUUGGGUGGAGAUCACACCAUAACAUACCCAAUCCUGCAGGCCCUGGCUGCAAAGCACGGUCCCGUGGGGCUGGUGCACGUGGAUGCCCACACGGACACCGGGGACACGGCCCUGGGGCAGCGGAUCUACCACGGGAGCUCGUUCCGGCGCUGUGCGGAGGAAGGGCUGCUGGACUGCGGCCGCGUGGUGCAGAUCGGCAUCCGAGGCUCCUCCUAUGACCCCGAUCCCCACAAGUACUGCCGGGAACAGGGUUUCCGCGUGGUCCCAGCUGAGCAGUGCUGGAUGAAGUCCCUGGAGCCGCUGAUGAGGGAGGUGAGGGCGCAGAUGGGGGAGAGGCCGAUGUACAUCAGCUUCGAUAUCGAUGGGCUGGACCCCGCCUACGCCCCGGGCACCGGCACCCCCGAGAUAGCCGGGCUCACACCUGCACAGGCUUUGGAGAUUAUUCGUGGCUGCAAAGGCCUGAACAUAGUGGGGUGUGACCUUGUGGAAGUUGCGCCAAUGUACGAUGUCUCUGGCAAUACAGCCCUCCUGGGGGCAAACCUACUGUUUGAGAUGCUGUGUGUCCUCCCAGGAGUGAAGACACUGUGAGGGCAGUUCCCACCUGCCCUGGGGCAACGCUUCUCUGUGUUCUCAGCCAGGCUUUCCAUGUCCCCUUCCCUUCAGACAGCUGCAGCCAGCAUGGGUUUUGCAGCAUGAAAUAAAUGCCAUUUACUACUAGAAAAGGUAUUUUUUAGCUGGGAAACUGUAGGGAACAGGCUAGACACCCCAUUUAACAGGGGUCUGGAGCUUUGGAGCUGGCCUGGGAAAGGCAUAGUGAGGCUAAUGCCAUUUUGCCUCUGGAAUGAUUCACCCAGCUCACAGGGCUCCUGGAAAAACUCUCACUGGUGAAUGAUUUGUCCCAUUAGGAUGCUGCAGCAGGACAAUGAAUUUGGAAGAAGGGAGGACAUGGAGGGGGCCUGAGCCUCCUGCUGAGAGUAGGGAGAUACUUGUCUAGAUUGCCUGCUGGUGAAAUAACCAGGAGUUUCCUAUGGCAGGAGCAGUUUUAACGCUCCUGAAAUUUCUGAGAGGACAUGGAGGUGAGGUUAGUUUGGACAUGGAGACACAGAGCCACCUCAUCACACAUUAAAAUAGUUUAUUUUGGUUGCGAAACUG